CGUGGCGCGCGUCACUGAAACACGCCCCGCCCUCUCCUCCCCCGAGAGAACGGCAGUAUAUUAUGACGUCACACGGUAUAAACUGUACACCCGCGCGCUCUGAAGAUCACUGCAGUUCAGUGAGACUCCGAGCAGAAGCGAAGACGUUCACCUGAGCAGAGACUCGAAGUCCAUCCAGACGGACAGUUGACAAAAAUUCAGCAAGUUUGACAGCGAUACAGUCAACACGCGUUUCUCCUGCGUUUGAGUCAGUGGAGCUCUACUUCAGCAGCUCAAUGUCAGCAGAUGUUCAGAUGAUGUUGAGUGACUCUCCACAGACAACUGGAGGAAAAAGCUCUUCAGAACAACAGGCUUCUCCCGCAGCAGCCGCUAUGGAGAACCGCCCAACAGAAAAACAAACCAAAAAGAGGAAGAAAAAAUGCAUCCAUGCAUUCUUCCGGCGAAUUGGGAAGGCUUUAAAGCUUUGCACCCUACAUUGCUACAUGGACGAUAUAUUGCCCCCAUCUCCAUCCGAUGAUCCAGCAGAUCUCCAGCCAGGUUUAUCUGGCCUUGAAUGGGCUUUAUCAAUCGAUCCAUGUCCAUCUGGUUUGGAGCUGACAGUUAACACCAAUCCGGCUGAUCCUGAUAUGUCAUUGGUCUCAGGACCAUCCAGUCUUGAGGUGAUAUCUGACAGUGAUCAGGCUGAUCCAGAGCCAUCACCUGUCCCAGGUCCAUCCAGCCUCGAUUUAAAGUUAACACUGGAUCCAGGUCUAUCCAAACUGAUUUCUGAGACAAUGAAUGUCCCAGGACUAUCUAGUCUUGAUGUAACACCUCUACCGAGUCUAUCCAGUAUCGAGAUGAAACCGGACAUGGAUCUAACCGAGCCCAAGCCAUCAUCUGUCCCAGGUCCAUCUGGUUUUGAGACAGCUAUUGAACAACAAUCAACAAAGAGGAAGAAGAAAGGCAUCUGUGCAUUCUUCCGCCGGACAUGGAGGGCUGUUAAGUGUGCUGCUCUCUGUUGCCAAAGGGGCAACAAAGUGGCUCCAGAUCCAUUUGCCAUUGACCCAAUGGCUCAACAGGAUAAUUCAGAUCACCAGCCAGAUUUAUUCAGCCUUGAGUGGCUGACACUUAAUGCUGAGCCAACCUAUCUGGAGCCAUCACCUGUCCCAGGCCCAUCCAAACUGAAUAAUGAGCCAAUGCCUGCCCCACAUCAGUCUGGUUAUGAGCCACCUGUUGGACCAUCCCGUCAGGAGAUAAUGCCAGUCAAUGGGUCUGACAUGGGUCUGGAUGUACCUGAGCUAAAACCCAUUCCAGGUUCCAGUCUCGUUCUGACAGCUGCUGUGGAUCUGAUUGAUCCCGAGCCGUCAUCUGCCUCUGGUUCAUCCAGCUGCAGACGGACACCUGACACUGAUCUGGACAAUUCUAAACAAAAACAUGUCCCAAUCCUAUCUGGUUUUUGGCCAACAGCAGCAAAAUUUUCCUCCUGUUAUGAUGUGGGAGUGAAGUUGGGACAGGGAGGUUUUGGUUCUGUGUAUAAGGGGACUCACAGAAUUAGUGGCCAGAAGCCUGGAUCUACAGAACCUCUGCUGUCAGAAGUGGUUAUGAAUGUGAUGGUGUGCGCACCUCCGAAAAGCCCCUACGUUGUACAAAUGAUCGAGUGGUUUGAUCAGACACAUCAGUUCGUCAUAGUAAUGGAAUAUCCACAUCCAUGUCAGACCUUGCUGGAAUUUACCAUGUGGCAUGGAAGUUGUCUGGAUGAAUCUGUGGCACGUGGUUUAAUGCGGCAAGCGGUGCUUGCAGCCAAACACUGCAUUGAACGGGGCAUCUUACACAAUGACAUCAAGACGGACAACAUGCUGGUCAACACAGAGACACUGCAGCUCAAACUGAUAGACUUCAGCUGUAGCAAACGUAUUAACAUGUCUUGCUCUGAAGAUUAUCAACAGGCGGUUGGAUCAACAGUCUGGUCUUUGGCUAUGGUACUUUUGGAGAUAGUAAGCGGAGACCAGCCCAUAAGUGUUUUUCUCCCCAAAGCACGUCAUCCUUUGAUACCAAAUUUCUCCAGUGGUGAGACAACAGCACUCAACAAUAAUACAAACAUACAUUUUUGGCACAAUAUCAGAGUGUUCAACUUCCCAGCUACUAAAAAUAAAAGGGAAAACUGAUAGAUAGAAUACAUAAUUUUUGAUAUUUAAAGUCCAGGAAAGUGUAACACACAGGAGAUUGUCCCUGUUUAAAAAUGAAUACAGUACAAAAUACUAUGUUUUUCAGAAGCUUUUCAUACAUGACAACAUGCAUGUGCAAUGCUGUCAUAAAGAGCAUACAUGACUAACCAGCCUUUUCCUCUUUGAAAACUUGUACAGAGUUUCAAGAUCUGAUAGAGCAGUGUCUGGUCAGGCAUCAAACCAAGAGACCAACGUUAGAGCAGAUUUUAGAACAUCAGUGGUUUAAGCAGGACUGAGGGAAGACAGAGGAUCAGGAGGCAGGUUGUGUAACAGCUUGAGGGAAGGCAGAUACUAACCAACUCUUCAGUAAAAAAAAAAAAAAAAGAAAAGCAGAUAGUUCAUCUGUAGAGAAUAGCUAGCAGACAGCACUUUACUGCAGACCAGACUUUUACCUUUCACCUGUCGCACUGAAUAUUACACCUACUAUGGAGGUGACAUUUUGCCAAGACAAAUUUGUCAAGAUUCUAGUAUUUGGUUUUUCUCAAAAAUCCCAGAUUUUGUGCACUUUGGAGAAAAACCAAAUGAAAGAGAAUAUAGCGGUCUAGAGACAAAUAGGCCUAAUACUGAAGAUUCGGAAUGGGUUCUUGGAGGCCUUUUGCCACAGAUGAAAUAAUCCAGGCAUAUCUGAAUUCAAGUAGUAACUUAGAGGAACUUGACAGAAACUUCCCAUCGAAGACCAGUAAAGAUUUUACAGUAUAUUACUGGCCACCAGAUCUACAUUAGUUUAGGUGCUGACAUUAGAUCAGGUACUGAGGGUGGAGUCAUUUUAUUACAAUAGGCCACUUACCCAACCAGUACAAUAUUAUUUUAAAUGUUUUUAAUUCACAAACGUCUGAGUCCACA